UGCGGCUGCCGCCGAAAUGCUAACUGCAGUAAAGCGUGAGCUGUCCGACAGGUUUUCGGCCAAACUGGUUGGAUCUGCUAGUCCACAACCAUUUUUGAGGGGGAAGGACGGGCGAAUGUUUAUUCAUCAUCACGGACCGAUAAAGGCUGUCCCAACUAGCCGUUAGCUACUUGAGCAGCUAACAGCGUAACUAGAGUUAGCUGCGAGCAUUGACAGGUCCCAGCCCAAACAUUGCGGGCGCUGUGUCCAGUCUUCUGCCCCUUUUCCCCCUUUACACCAUUCAAUGAGACGGGAGAAACUGCAGAGAGUCAGAAAGCCAGGCGGGAGGAAAACGAGGGGAUGACAGCGCUUAAAGACACAGAGGAUGCCAGUGAAACAGACCUGGCCAAGCACGAUGAGGAUGACUAUGUCGAAAUCAAAGAGCAGAUGUACCAAGAAAAACUAGCCUCCCUGAAAAGACAGUUGCAGCAAUUACAAGAAGGGACACUGCAGGAGUAUCAGAAGAGAAUGAAGAAGCUGGACCAACAGUAUAAAGAGAGACUGCGCAAUGCAGAUUUGUUUCUCCAGCUAGAGACGGAGCAGGUGGAAAGGAACUACAUCAAGGAGAAGAAGGCAGCGGUGAAGGAAUUUGAUGACAAGAAAGUGGAACUUAAGGAAAACCUAAUUGCGGAGCUGGAGGAGAAGAAGAAAAUGAUCGAGAACGAGAAGUUAACAAUGGAGCUGACAGGCGAUUCUAUGGAAGUGAAACCCAUCAUGACCAGAAAGCUUCGGAGGCGGCCGAACGAUCCAGUCCCCAUACCAGACAAACGGAGAAAACCUGCACCAGCUCAGCUAAAUUAUUUACUCACAGAUGAACAGAUCAUGGAGGAUCUGAGAACGCUGAAUAAGCUGAAGUCACCAAAGCGGCCAGUAUCCCCCUCGUCUCCUGAGCACCUUCCUACCACUCCCAUGGAGAACCCCACUCAGCGCUAUGAGGCCCGGAUUGAGGAGGGCAAACUAUACUACGACAAAAGAUGGUACCACAAGAAUCAGGCCAUCUACCUGGAGUCCAAGGACAACACAAAGAUCAGCUGUGUCAUCAGCUCUGUGGGGACCUAUGAGAUUUGGGUGAGAAAGACAAGUGACAGCACAAAGAUGAGGAUCUACCUGGGGCAGCUACAGAGAGGAGCGUUUGUCAUUCGCCGGCGAUCGGCCGCAUGAAACACAGCCCCCCUGUUUAUUCCCUCAUCCAUCUGCCCGCUCGCCCUCUCCUCAUCUAUGGCUUCUCAAUUGAUUUUGACACGUGGCUUCCUCUCCAUCAUUAAGCCUUCCCCAGUAGACCCACACGCCAUGGCUCACACCUGCCCAAGGACGUCUCCUCAGCUGUUACCUUUUGUCCCAGCCAAUCAGGACAGAGUCAAGAGGAUACAAAACAACGCCAAUAUUAAAAGCUCACUCUUACUCAAGUAGGAUCUGUGCAUUUGUGAGGUUUUAUUUUGGUCACAGUUAAGGUGGUCCCGAUCACAGCCCACUUUAUCUGGUCGUUUGUCUCCUCAUACAGGCGUUCUCUUGUAUGCUGACAUCAUUCCAGAUUUUCUACACCAUGUGGCUUCGUUAAAGUUUGUCUCCGAGUUCUGUUCUUGUGGUGGUGGUCCAGGCGAGGUGUCCUUGACCCUCAAUGACUCAAACUGCUGUUGAUCUGUGACAAAGCAACCACUGAGCACACUCUCUCGGGGGGAUUCAAUGAUUGCCACCAGUCAUAUCGCUUUAUACAUGUCUGAAAAGAACUGCAUCUCUAUUUAUGGUACAUGUUUAAGGUUGGUUGGGUAUUUUCAGAUAACAUGCCAUUUUCAAAGAGUUAUUUUUCUUUGCAUCAUCAAGUAAUGGAGGCCACAUUUCAUACUGUUGUUUUUGUCUGAUAUUGUGUUUUGAGAACUCAGUGCAUUAAACAUUUGGCUUCUUAUUUGGAGGGAAAAAUAUUACGUGUUUUGUCUGUCCCAAGGUUUUGAAUUUUGUACUUUUUUUUCCCCUUCCAUUUUAUGCAUUCAUCUCCAUUUGUGGAACAUCUGGUUUUGGACAACUAUUUGCACACAGAAGAUGAAGUUGACUGUGUUGAAUUCUGUCGUUUCCACUUAUUAAAGAUGUUUUCUGUCUUUUA